CAGCAGCAGAUGUAGUGAUUCUUGUAUGUUUCCUUCAUCUGUCAAGAUGGAAGGUGGAACACCUCCCCCUGGUGACAUGGAACUGAACAACUCUAAUGAAGACGAGGCCCGGAGCCUCCUACAGAAGCUCUACAGUCUUCAGUGCUCUCCUGAACUUAUUGGAACCAUCAGCCAAUUAAUAACAGACUACAAGAAAAACCCUGAAGACCUGGAACAUCUGAUCCAUCAUCUGGAAGCACUGGUGAAGGAGUUUGGGUCAAGAUCUGAAAAAGAGGAAGUUAAACCUUGUCCAGUAGAGGAAGUGAAGAAAGUGAAGGACACUGCAGAGAGCAGAGGACACACUGAAGGUACAUCCAGCGGUGGAUUGUUUUCUGGAUCGUUUGGUGGGUCAAAGCGUUCGGUUAAAGUCUACCCCAUUGUUACAUCUGAUACAUGUGGAGCUGAUACAGACGUCCUUCACAAGUUGAAGAAACAUUAUCUGGAGUUGAUCCGCACAGGCCCAGCAGACUGUGAUGUGGUCCUCAUCUUCUGUGUGGUUCUUUCUCGAGCUGGAUCAGACGUGGCGAACGCCAUGAGGAGAAUUCCAGACGCUGCAGCAGAGAAGCCGGUGGUUCUGGUGGUGCUGCAUCACAAAAGAAAAGACGACCUUCCAGAAGAUGGAUUUGACUGGAGCUUCCAAGUACAAGAACAUCAAGUGUCACGUGGAGAUGCUGUUCCACGAAAGUAAACCUGGAUUAGUCCAGUGUGAUAGAAAUAAACGCGCCAUAACAAAACUACUGACCAUGUGAAAAGUCAGUUUAAAAAGUGAAAUCCUGAAUCCAUAAUUUCGAUUAGCUCUGUGUGUGUCUACACUGACAUCUAAUGUGUCGGCAAAACUGUGUGUUGAAAUAAAAAUCUUUUAUUACUUCAUUUGAAUCAUUUUUUCCUUCUGAGCUCACAUAUUUAGUAAAACUCUAAAAUAAAGUCUGUGCUGGUGAGUUUAGAGUUUC